UCAAGAUGGGUAAUAACAAGAAAAAACGUUCUCAAAACGAGAAUUUGUAUGGUUGGUUUCCCGAUCCUAUGGCUGUGACAUGGUCUGAAAAAUACAGUGAAACUCUUAAUAAGUUUUGGAAUUUAUUACCAAAUACUAUUGGAAAAUUAUUGGCAACCAUAUCAAUUUUCUUAGUGGGGAUCUCUGUCAAUGGAGAUUGGGUGAAUAUUUUCGUGCACAUUGCGCGGCAAUUUGGAUACACUAGUCGUCAAGAAAACUCAAGAAAAGAUGUCUCUUUCAAGUGGUCCGAGAUAUCAUUGGAGUCGCUAGGACUACAAGAUUUCUGGAGUUAUUGGAUAUUAUCAUGUCUUGUUUCAUACUUUAUGUAUUUUUUUAUAGGUGGAUUUUUACACUGGUACUUCUAUGUACGUCGACGUGACCGAGCUGAAGAUUGGAAAUGCCAACCGAAGAAGUGGUUAUCCCCUGAAUUGGAGAGACACGAAAUUAUUCUCGGAUCUCUGACACUUUUCUUGAAUGCGUCGACUUCAGGGUUGUUAGCCUGUUAUAUCGCUAACGGAGGGUACAGCACGGUCUAUUAUAACGUUGCGGAUUACGGCUGGUUAUGGUUUUUCCUCCAAUGGCCUGUCAUUUUUAUCUACCAGGAUUAUAUAACGUAUUGGAUGCAUAGAAUCUACCAUACGCCGUUUCUUUAUCGCAACUUCCAUAAGCUCCAUCACAAGUACAAACAACCUACGGCGUUUUCUGUCACCGCCAUCCACCCGGUGGAAGCUCUCCAUAUUCAGUUGAUGUACAUUCUGCCCCUUUUCAUCAUUCCUACGCACUGGUUCCCGUUUUACGUCGUAGCCUUGUACACGUAUUACCACGGAAUCAUCGAUCACUCCGGUGUAAAUUUUAAAGCAUAUUGGUGGCAACCGUGGCAACCCGAUGCCAUUUUUCACGACAACCAUCAUCAAUAUUUUCACGUGAAUUUUGCUUUUAAUAUUGGCUAUUGGGAUAAGCUUCAUGGGACUUAUCGGCGGAAGGACCGGGUAUAUACCGAAGACAUUUUCUAUGGGAAGGGCAAACGGAUUGACGAAGUUAGCGCUGAAGAGCUGAAAGCGGAUUUGAAGGAAAGGGAGUCGGAAAACCCGUUAGCUUACCGCGACAACAAGAUGGAGUUCAAAUUGUCCAACAGAGAACUGAAAGCGAUGAAAAGACCUAAGAAGUAAUUCAAUUGGAGAAAAACUAAUUUUAAAUAAGAUAAUACACGUAAAAUGUGAUGUAAUACAAGAAUAUUUUACAUGCAAAAUAUUCUAAGAUCAAAUAUGUGUGAAGUUCU